CACUGCUCCUUUCCAUUCGAAACUAGCUUCCGUUGUGGAUGCGUUAGCUAAAACGGCAGUGGUAGAAAUAAGUAAACUCUACGAUGAUGGAUUUGUUGUCCUACGGCUUGAGAUGGCGAGGAAAGACACAGAAAUCGAAACACUGAAGAAAAAAAUAUCCUCCAUGGAGAACGAGCUACGACUGGUAAAACGAUCAGAACGUGAGUUAAGACUACGAUCCUCAAAAUUUGACCCACGUUCGAAAGAGCAAGCACACGGAGAGUGCGUAUCGCAGACUCCUCAGAAACUCUCCCAUAAAACGAUCCUCACUGAAGAAUCCAUUCGCCCGUCGUCAGCAGAAAAAGAGGGUAACGGUAUAUCUUCCGAAGAACUUCACACACAGAUUACACUUUCGGAAACCCAGGAAAUACUCCCCAUUCAUCCCGACCCGCAGAACGCAUCUCUUUCGUCCUCGGAGGAAUUUCACGAUAAACAUAAACUUGGGUGUAACGAUGAGAAUCUUGGUGGACUCGAUUUUGCGAUGAAGGUUGAACAAACAGAAGAGGAUCUAUCUCAAAAACUCAGUCAGCCACUGUCGGACCCUACCACCGGAGAACUAAACCACCUGGAUCCUGAUUCAGAGAAUGGGAUGGAUGAGGGAGAAAGUCAGCUGUGGUCUUCUAUUGCUGUUGAAGUGAGCUGUGGGAAAGAUGGUGAAGAUUCAACUGGUCCUUAUGGAAACGGACAGAGUCCACAGGAUCUUGGUAAUGAGUCACAGUUUUUCCAUGUCGAAAACCUUAGUGCUAGUCCUUCUUUGUCAGGCAUGCAGAUGUUCAACGGUCUCAAUGCUGAACUUAGGAAACCGGAAAAUGGAUCGAGGUCACUUUGGAAUAACGCAACGUUAGUAGACAUGAUCCAGUCUCCACAAAUACCACAAAGUGCUUAUUCACAACCAAGACUGAACUCUCGGAUGCCUCCGGAAAAAAGCGCAAGAGCAUAUGAGAGCGUUUCGUAUUCGUACAGUGGAGCUGACCAAGGCGACGUGGGAAGUGUUAGACAAAGCGCGUUCACUUUGGAUAAUUACGGCGCGAGACAAGCCAAGUCAGCUCAGAGGCGGACAGCGGUGAAAGAGAAAUGGUUUAUCUGUUCGUUCUGUGGGAAGAGCUUUGACCGUUUCAGUCAUCUGCAGAUGCAUCAGCGCGUGCACACCGGGGAGAAGCCCUUCAGCUGUGUGACAUGCGGUAAAAGCUUCACGCAACAGAGCAACCUCCGCACACACCAGCGAGUACACAGAGAUAUGAGGGCACCGACAAAAGCCUAUUGA